AUGUCGCCUCCGCCUACUAGGCAGCUCGGAAAGCUGUCUCUCGGUGGGAACAUGCCAACUACCCGAUCCCAAGCACAUCGACUGGCCAACCCAGGUCUACCGCGGAACGACAGGGAGCAAGGUGACGACAAGGAAAGGGGAGGUAAUAGCCAAGAGCUCGAACACGAUUCUCAAAGUGAAUCUGACGAUUCCGCGGAAGCAAGCGAUACUGACGCUCUAGGCGACGACGAAGACGACGAAGACGACAGCGACAGUCAAAGGGCUUUAGACCCGUUGGCAUCAAUGGUGCGCGGCCGAUCUCAUAUUGUAUACGACAUUGAAAGCCUCGACGACGACUCGAGGGCUCGAGCUCUCGCGGGACUGAGUGGUCAAUUUGACAUGGUUUAUUGCCGGGCAGCUCCUUCUUUCUAUGAAUUCCAACUAGCAGAGCGCCCACAGAUUCGUAUCCGUCAAGGAGGGGCAGAGUGCACUUGUUCAGAGUACCAAAAUCGACCAGACAUGGCUUGUCGCCAUAUUUUUUGGCUGGUUGAUCAAGUAUAUGAGAAUCUCUCGCCUCAUGCGCCCCAGUCCGGUUUACCUCUAUCUAAAGAUGGAUUCUCUCCGAGCUUGCCUCGUCUACAUACCCUUCUACAUGAUCAAUUAGACAGGGUGGCCAAUGCUAUGGAAUGGCGCUUCGUUCCGGGAAGCCCAUCGCCAUCGGAGUCGAGCUCUGAAAUGGCUAGUAUGUCUCGCCAGGACAAGGUCCGUGAUAUCUUGUCUGCCUUCAAUGAGGUCACUUUACCCGAGAACUUCCGAAAAGAUCUCGCAGAAACAACCACCGAACCUCGCACACCCGAGCAGUGUGUCGUCCAAGGAGAUUUUGAAGCCACCGUGUUCAGACUUGCUGUUCACGACGACAAUGUGUUCACUAGUAUACGAAAAGCAAUGCCAGCGGGAGCUUGUGCCGCCAUUUUUUUCGACAAGGCCCAAAAGCAGUCCCGCAGGCUUCUCCAGUAUUUCGAUGAAUAUCGCCGGAGCGGACGACUACCGCCCGAAAGACGAUCGCUAGAGGUCAAAGUAGUAGCUUCAGAGCUACGGCUUCAUGUUAAACAGAUCAGAGAAAAUAUAAAGAUGCGAAUACCAUACGGAAGCAAGGGUGCUGUAGAAGCACUACUUGCAUUGCUCCAAGAUAUCAGCGCUCGCAAUAUUGAUGCCUUUGAACAAAGUCUGUGGGGUCGUGUGCCGCCGGUGGGUGAGGAUGAGGACGACCGAAACUUGUACGAGCAACUGAUCGGCCAGGCCAAUGAGACGGGCGAUAUGUUUGUGCUGGAUGCCUUGGAAGAACUGCCGAUUUCCGUGCUAGGAUCGUAUGUACGUAACCUAACCGAUAUUCUUAGGAAAACCGAGAUCAACAGAGCACCACCUUCCUUUGUUCUCAAGCUGAAGUCGUUGAUCCACGAAGCGCAGUCAAGCUUAGCCGCAUCAAGAGCCAAACGGCCAGCUACGGGGGAUGCUGGCGGAAAUCAGAAGCGUACUCGGUAG